CUUCUGAGAUGGCCUACACUCAUUCUUGAGACAUCAAGAACCUGAGCUUCAUUAGGUCCUAAACACAGGGCUCCCUUCCCCAGCCCCCACCCGUGGAUGUGAUGGCGGCUCCGGCUCUGUCCUGCUGCCUGUCCCUCCUCGUCUUCCUCUUGCCCCUGGCCAUCCCUCAGGCAUCUACAUCAGUGAACGGAUUGAGCAUCUCCUCACCUGAUGGGGACAGGAGUGGCGGGCGAACCCUUGAAGGCCAUGGGUGCUCUACAGCCAGCCCCACACGCCGCAUCUUCAUGGCAUAUGCUUCCAACAUCACAUGCUUCUAUAACUCGAGAGCCAACGUCUCCUGCAUCUGGAGCCACGAUGGGGGCCUGCAGGCCACCACCUGCUGCUUGCACAGCCAUCAGCCUAAGAGAGAGGAGCUUUUUCCUACAAAACAGUGGAAACACACCUGUGAGCUGCAACCAGUGAAGCCGGGAUCCUGGGCAUGCAAUCUGGUCCUAGGACCAUCUCCAGAAUCUCAGAAACUGACCAUAGUGGAUGUCAUGAAACUGACGGUGAUGUGCUCUGAAGGCGGGAAGUGGAGGAAGAUGAUGACCCAGGAUAUCAAGCCCUUUGAUUACAUUCGUCUGGUUCCACCCCACUCACUCCAAGUCGUCCACAUAGAGACCCAUAGGUGCAACAUAACCUGGACUGUCUCCCAGGUAUCCCACUACAUCCAAAAUGACGUGGAGUUCGAGACCCGGUUAAGGUACGCCGACCACAGCUGGGAGGGCACCCCACUGCUGACCCUCAGGCAGAACCAGCAAUGGAUCUCCCUGGAGAAUCUCACUCCAGGCAUGGAAUAUGAGCUUCAGGUGCGGGCCAAGCCCCAGCUAGGCAGGCAUGAGGUUUGGAGCCACUGGAGCCAGCCCCUGGCCUUCAGGACGGUCCCUGCAGUUGCUCUGAGACACAUGGGAUCUUAUAGGACCAGAGACCAAACCUGUGUCUCCUGAAUUUGCAGGUGGAUUCUUUACCUCUGAGCCAUCAGGAAAGCCCCUCCUUAUGGAAUUUACUUAACUAUUGCAUUUACUGUCUCUGCCCACCCACUGCUAUUGUCUCCCCUGACCCCCACUCCCACCAGACUGUAAGUUCUAUACUGUUAUAGUCCAGGAACCUAGCUACAUGGUAGGUACUCAAUAAAAAUUUGUUGAUUGAAUGAGUACAAUUCUAGAAUUUUGGAAGGUUAAGGGCAUACCUAGAAGGUUUAGAAGGUAUCUAGAAGGUCUUCCCUUCUUGACUCAGUCAAGCAAGGAUCUGUUUUUCUUCUCUCUGCAUAUGUUUUAUUUGAAGUGGCCUACUCUAUGCAUCUUAUACUUAUUAUGACCACAUUUCUAAAGACAAAAUUGCCUAUAUAGUCUGAAAAAUCAUUUUUCCCCUGCAUUGCUACUUUAUUUAGAUAAAACCUUGAAAGAUUUAGAAUCAGACAUAGUAUUUACUGUUAUCAUUUGAUAUUUGGACUGUUGUGAAAAUUUAACCCAAUGGUUAUUGUACUGACACACUCCCUUUGUUAUUAUUUGCAUAUUUGCCCUACUUACAUACUAAGAGAUGCUUCUUUGAGUUAGACAGAUUUCAAGUCCCAUGCAUUCUGUAACACCCACAGUGCCCAGCACAUGCUGGCAGUAGGUACUCAGUAAAUCACUGUUAGAUCAAUAAAUGGAUGAA